AAACACAAACACACACGAACUCUCUCUCUCCCCAAUACCUUACUGUUCUUUGAAGGAACGGCCAGUUCUCUCUCUCUCUGUCUCUGCAUUUGAGCCAUGGGUUCGGAGAGAUGUUAUGUUUGGAGCUCGUUGUCAUGCUCAUCUGCUUCUACGACGACCUCUUUGACGUGUGCGGCGGAUGGUAUGGUGAAGAUGGAGCUGGAGGCUGCAGAGGCUCUGGCCGAUUUGGCCCAUUUGGCGGUGCAAGAGAGUGCUGGCAGUGGCUUGCGCAGGAAAUGGGGGAGCAAAGGGAAACGGGCCGCGAAGCGAGUCAAGAGUGAGUCGCCGCCGGGUGACUCCGCGUUUAGGUUGAACCUGCUGGACUCGGUGCCAAGCUGCUCGGAUCUGGCUGAGCAGGAUCGAGCAAAUGCAAGUCAGCAGCAAUGUGAAAAGAUACGCCCAAUUGUGUUCAUAGAACAAGAAAAGGCUAAGCAGGUUCCCGGCAUUACAGAAGUGAAGCCUGAGCAGGAUUCUGAAUUGGCUAAACCAACUCCCAACUGCAACAGAAGUUAUGCACCAUUUGUUUUUCGUAAAACAAGACGAAAGUUGACUGAGGCUGAAAAGGAAGAACAGAGAAUACGCAGGGUAUUGGCAAAUAGAGAGUCAGCUAGGCAGACAAUUCGUCGUAGGCAGGCUCUGUGUGAGGAUUUAACCAGGAAAGCUGCUGAUCUAGCACGGGAGAAUGAAUAUUUGAAGAGGGACAAGGAGUUGGCUUUGAAAGAGCAUCAGUCCUUGGAGACCACAAAUAAACACUUAAAGCAACAGAUGGCAAAGGUAAGAAAGGCUGUGGUUGAGGAAACUCCAGGUGAUUAUUCAGCAGAUGUGGCAGCCUCUCUCUCUUCAUCCAGGAACUGUCCGUGGCACUUGUACAACCACCCUCCAUUACUGCCUGUUCUAUGGCCUUCUGUCAUUCAAUCUUCAAAUCGUGUUCAAUCACGACAUGGGAGGCAAAGUGCAAUUGUCAUUCCGUCAAACAUGCCCAUGCCAGCUGCUUGUAGGCCUGAUACCUCUCAAGAACAAGAAAACCGCAUAGAUGUCAAUGGGAAAAGAGCACCAUUGUAUGUAUUGCCAUGUCCUUGGUUCUUCCCUCUUCCUGGUCCUGGGAACAGACUCCAACCUCUGCCCUCUACUGGUAUGAAAUAUGAACAAGGCGAAACUUCUCGUAGUAACCAUAACUCCAGUUCAUCUUCAAAAUCUAUUGCACAUGUAGAAAACCGCCAUUGCUCUUUACCCAUUGAAGUAAAGACAGAAGCUUCAGGCUCAUCAGAAGCCAGGCCUGCUAAUGACUUGAAUGAGACCCCAAUUGGGUUCCCUCUGGAUGGAGUUAGCCAGCAUACAGGAGCUAACUCUGAGGAAAUUCUCUAUACACCUGCAUCACUAGAUUGUUCCCGACCUGCAUCUACCAUCAAGCACGAGAACAUGUCCCAAUCAGCCUAUGCUCCCAAUAUUGAAACAACUUCUACAGCCCGUCUUAUUGCAAGUGCUUUGCCAGAAAAGCAAGAAUCAGCAGUUUUCCCAGGUAAGAAGCUAAUUGAUGCGGUUGCUGCAGCAGGAGUGAGAAAGAGGAGGAAGGAACUGACAAAGCUAAAGAAUCUCCAUGGUCGUCAAUGUCAGAUGCAUUGUUGAGAUUAAGUCAAGGUGAAAAAUAGCAAAGUAGGUUGUGUAUUUCUUAGUUUUUACACGGGCUUAGUGCCUAUUUCUAAAGAAACCCUUGGAGCCAGCCUGCGGCACUUAUCGAUGACAAUAGAAUUCCUUUGAAGAGUUGCCAGCAUGUAAUCUGGUGUCCGUUUCUGAGACCGUUGCUAGGUUUUCUUUAGGUGAAAUGUGAUGUGAGCGGAAAAUAUGUUUGGGUCCACGUGUCAAUCUUCAAAGGAAGAGAAAAGAGUGGUUAUUCAAGAAUGUGUUAUUUUCCGAGUGGUUGAUUUAUUCAGGGAAAUGCUGCGAGGAAAUGAGCAUGUUUAAAUUGGAACGAUGCUGUCAUUUGCGAUGGGCAUCCAAAGAAAAAAACAUGGUUCUGACGUGUUGUAAUUAUACUUAAUGGCUUGUAUUCCUUCUGCAGCCAGAUCACGAGAAGAGUUAAUUAAUUGACGAGGUUGACUUUAUGGUAUUUAACCUCUCA